AUGUAUCAUGUCAGUACCCAUGAAAUAUCCUCACUAGAUGGUGUUUCUUACAAUAAUUAUGAAAUACCAUUCACGAUCAUGGCAAGUUCUGAGAAUUUACUUGUACAUGUUGUAGCCAAAACUCAAAAAAUCUAUCCAAAUGGUAUUGUUUUAGAGAGUGAAGUGGCUUCUAGAAUUUAUGAAAUACCUCCCCAAUGUUCUCUUCCUGUUCCAUCAAAAACCAGUGGUACAUACACAGAUGAUUCUAUUUCUAUUAGUUUCACUCCAUCAAAUGUUCAAGUUUUUUAUUCGAUCGAUGACGGAGAUUUUAUCUUGUUGAAUGGUUCUAUUAUGAUUGUAAAUGAUGGAAGGAAACAUAAUGUUGAGGUUUAUUCUAUUUCCUCAACUUGUUAUCCAAGUCCUAUCAUUGAAUUAAGUUAUCAAAUGAAACAAGUGGUGGAGAAACCAAUUUUUGAACCUUUGAAUGAUGCUAUUAUUGGAAAUUUAUUCGGAUCUCAAAUUUCUGUAACUUGCCCAAACCUAAACUCAAUUGUUGAGUGUUUUCUGAACUCGGUCAACUAUACCUCAACACGGCAUUCAUCCCUUAACCAAACAAUUACUCAUCCUUUAAAUUUAACAUGUACAUGCUAUGAUCACGAAAAGAAUAUAACUAGUGAAUGGUCCUCUCAAGUUUAUUCCUCAUUAUACUACAUUCCGAAACCAAUUCUAUCUGUUUCUUCCACAACAAAUGUUGGUCCAUUAGAAAUUUCUCUCAAAUGUGCUCAAAUCUAUUCCAAAGAUCAUUCAUGUGAUGGAUUCAUCUACACAACCGAAAGUAGCAUCUCUUCCAUAACUAAACCAAAUAUGUUGGGAACUACAACAGUAUUACUAAGGGCAUUGAGUGAAAGCGAUAAUAAUUCAACUAUUACACAUGACAAUACGACAUUGAUUAUUCAAGAUUUUGCCACAAUUAUGUUGAAAAAUCAAGGACUUAACAAUUUGAAGGUUGUUGCAUUUGAUUCUAAAAGUGGAUUAGUUUCUCCACAAGUUGAAGAACAAUAUUUCAUUAUUGGUAUUAUUGAAAAUCCAAUAAUUAGUGUUUCUCCUUCAUUGGAAAAAGGAGAAACCUUAGAAAGUAAACUAUUUAUCAACUCGGCAGUGAUAGUCGUUGAUUUUGAGAAUUUGGAGGCAGUUGCCAGUGCUAUCCGAAUAGUCAACCGAAUGGAUGGAACGGAGACAACAAGUACCAAGCUAACUCCUUUCACUCUCGUAUUGGAAACUAACUGCACAGUUUACAUGAAUUUUACAAAACUUCAUCAUUUGCCAAGUAGUGAGUAUUCAUUCUCAGUGAGUGUAAAGAUUGUCAAGUCGAACAAUAUCAUCCCUGUGGUCCCAAUUGUGUUGACAUCAAGUUUGAAAGAAACCUUAUUUAAUGUACAGGUAGUCCUUGUUGUGGUAGGAUUAUUUGUGUUGGCUUUUGUUGUUUCCUUAAUAGUUUUGGUUAUCAUUGUUAAAAAACGAAGAAACUAUCUUCAUAAUAAGAAGCUAAUGGAAUAUGAUAUCAAUUUUGAUAAUGUAAUACUCAAUUCAAGAGAAGAAUAA